GUCUUGCUCCGACUCCACCCCCGAUUAUCGGAUAUAAAGAAGAAGAGCAUUCGAGUUUUGAAACUUGCUUCCUCACCACCAAUAACAUUAUCAAAUAUGAGCUGUUCAAAUACUGCCGGACCAUCUUCACUAGCUCGUGAUGGUAUAUCGAGCACAUCCUGCCCAAGACAUCGUCAUUUGAUCAGUGGAACGUUCAAUAGCAAUUUGAUGCAUAUCCUUUCAUUCGAUACUUUGACCAGAACACUCUCCUUGCUUUCUUCAUUACCGGCGUAUGGACCUCACUCUUUCCUAACGGCAGGAAGAACGGUUGACGUAGAGUCAAAUCGAUUGGUCGACACAGUCUACGCCACAACAUGGGCUGAAGAGAAAGAGUUGUGUGCAUGGAAAUUGGAUUGGCAAGGUGAAGAUUUAAACGGGUUGAAAUGGUUGGGAAAUGUUCCAAUCACUGCAACAUCGUCGUAUGUCCACCCAGGCUCAUCUCGCUUUCUCUAUUCAGCUGGAGGUCCAACGGGUGAAGUGCAUUCGAUCGAUCAAGCGACAGGUGCAAUACAAGAAAAAGUACAAGAGAUCAUCUUUUUGAAAGAAGGCGAAAAAGCACUACCCAAAGCAGACAAGACUCGUGUUGCACUUCGAUAUGGUGCACAUAACGUUGACAUUGGACAGAAUAAGCUCGCAUUUAUUGCUGAUGUAGGAAGAAACUCAAUCUUGACAUACAAACAAGACUCAGAAACGGGUAUGCUGCAUCUCUUGACCGAAACAUUCAUGGUUUCAGAAGGAGAUGGGCCGAGGCAUGUCGUACCUUCACCUGAUGGGCAAUAUGUGUAUAGCGUCACAGAGCAUACAUCCUUUGUUGAUGUGUAUCACGUGGGAAAAGGAGCACAUCUAGAACACCUUCAACGGGUUUCAAUCUUGCCAUCCUCAUCGGACAUUCAUCAAUACAGAGGUGAUACAGUUCGACUUAGUCCUGAUGGACAAUAUCUCUUUGCAACAACACGCGGAAAGAAUGCAAGCACGAAAGGAUUCGUCAAAGUUUGGCAGAUCAAUCAUGUUGAAUCGAGCAAGGAUUUUCUACAAGAACGAUAUACACAUGCCACACGAAACAGCGGAGGGAAAGCGAAUGCGAUCGAAUUUGCGCCUCGCUAUGGUACCAAAGUAGAAAGUAGUGAAAAGACAGUUGAUUAUGCUGUAUUGACAGAUGAUCAAGAGGGGUAUAUCACAGUACUUGAAUGGGAUGGAGAAGACUUGAAGGAAAUUUCAACGAUUCGAUUGCCUUUGUUGGACGAUGGACAAUCGCAAGGUGCAAGUCAAGCCAUUUGGGUAUCAUGA